GUUCGGUCGCUGAUUGUUGUAAUUUGGCGAGUUAUGCUCUUUGCUUGUUGCCCAAUUUCAGCUCUGAAGACUCAGUGGCAAACCGGAUGGGGCGCGGCCAAGGCCUUUGCUCCUGGUUUCACAUUGAAACUUCUGGUAACUCAGAGGUCAUUGAGGUGGAUAAGGUCACAAUGAUGCUUCAGCUUGAUCUUCCUGCCCAGGAUUUACGCUUGCUCAAUCCAUUGUUUGUGUACCCCUCCACCAUUCUUGGUCGAGAGAAGGCAAUUGUGGUUAAAUUGGAGCAGAUUCGGUGUAUCAUCACAGCAGAUGAGGUUCUGCUUUCGAAUUCCCUUGAUAGCUAUGUUCUACUGUAUGUUGUGGAGCUACAGCGCAGGUUGACCACAGCUGGGGUGGGCGGAGUCUCGAAUUCUGAGAGUGCUGACUUGAGCCAGAGAAGGGGAAGUAGAAACUUCCACAAUAUUUUUGGGAAUGCAUCCCCAGAUCAUCUUCCCUUUGAAUUUAGGGCACUUGAAGUAGCGCUUGAAGCUGCCUAUACUUUUCUUGAUUCUCAGGCAUCAGAACUUCAGAUUGAAGGUUAUCCUUUGCUAGAUGAGCUUACUUCGAAGAUUAGCACGUUGGAGUGUGUCCGUGCAUUUAAAAGCAGACUCGUUGCCUUAACAAGGAGAGUGCACAAGGUUAAGGAUGCGACUGAGCAGCUGCUGAAUGAUAAAGGACAAUUGGCAGAGAUGUACCUCACUCAAAAGAAACCGAGGAUGCAGCCAACAUUUUAUGGUGACCAGUCUAUGUUGGGAAGCAGAUCAACUGAUGGUGCUUUAUCAGUUUGACCAGUUUCUCCUGUUGCUUGCCCUCCAGAUUGGUGGAAGCCGGAGAGAAGCUUUAUCAAUGCCAAGAACCAGCACGAGGGCAUGAGCAGUUCAGAAAGUGCCGAAAGAAUAGAACUUGAGAUGUUGCUGGAAGCAUUUCUUGUUAUGAUUCAAAGCACAUUAUACAAGUUGACCUCGAUGAAGGAGUACAUUGAGGACACAGAAAAUUUCAUCAAUAUUCAGCUGGGAGGUUGUUCCUGUCCUCUUCUCAUUUUCUAUUUCAUCUCGAGUUGUAGUUUGGUAGGGGGCCUUAUUAUUUGAGUGAAUUUGACUAGAUCACUAAAGUAGACAUAGGCAGAUGAUAACACAUCUCAGUUCAAUGCUAUUGAUGUUAUGAAAUUUACUCAUUUUUACAUUAUCGACGCCAUGGAAGGAAGAAUAAGCAGGCUCUUGAUCAUUCUGAUCGUUUAUCAGCUUUGAAACUCUAGCCCUGGUCUUCAGACAAGUAGAUUAGUAUGUCCUGUGGAAGAAUAUAAUUUAAUGUUGGAAAUUCCUCUUCUUCAACUUCAUUUAGUGUACGUGAAAACUUUUGCAGGACAGUGUCCGGAACAAGCUAAUCCAAUUCGAUCUGAUGUUGGAAAUUCCUCUUCUUCAACUUCAUAUAGUUUUUGGAUGGUGUUAUCAUUAGUAGCUAAUAUUGUAUGUUGGAUAGGAUAAUGAUGCUCAGGUUGCCUUCACUAGGGAAGAAUGAACAGUAACUAAGGCAAGUGUUUCUAGCUAUAUGCAGGCAUAUAAUUUGUCUAAAGAUCACAAGCCGGACCUUGACAUUGAGAGAGAGAGAGAGAGAGAGAGAAUUCUUCAAGCUGGGGGUUUCAUUCAAGUUGGAAGGUCGAUGGAAGUUUGAAUCUAGCAAGAGCUAUUGGCUCUACUACUAGUUUUUAUUCUCGAUGACCAGUUGAUAGAGUAGAGGGAGUCUCUCUCUCUCUCUCUCUCUCUCUCUCAGCACGCGUGUAUGCAUGUGUGUCCAUGGACUUUUAUAGGGUUCAUGCCGUCCAAUGUGAAUUGGGGACGUAAUAUCUGUUGGCUGCAGGAGACGUGGAAUUCAAGCAGAACAAAUCAUUCCCAGCUGAAAGACAAAUUUCAGCUGCAAAUC